AUGACCAGAAGACAUCCAGUCGGACUCGAGCGCCCAUGGGCCUCGCAGAUCUCCGCACAACUGCCGGAAUCCGUUGAAGUUCGUCCCGCUCCAGCAGCGGCACGGCCGACUGCGGCUAUGACAGCAACCGAUGCCCCCGUUCGGCCUGAGGACUAUUCCAAACCGUACUGCGAUUUCAUGACCGACAAUCCCACCAUCUUCCAUGCCGUCCAGUCCUUCUCCCAAGAUCUGGAAAAGCAUGGAUACAAGCAAUUGUCCGAACGGGCGGUGUGGACCUCGGAUCUCAAGCGCGGCGGCAAGUUCUACGUGACUCGUAACGGCAGCGCACUAUUGGCGUUCAAUAUCGGCAAGGAUUACAAGAGCGGCAAUGGCAUGGCCAUCGUCGCAGGGCACGUGGAUGCCCUGACCGCCAAGCUCAAGCCUGUCUCCAAGCUGCCCACAAAGGCCGGCUUCAAGCAGCUGGCAGUGGCCCCAUACGCUGGCGGCCUUGGACCAACCUGGUGGGACCGUGACUUGGGUAUCGGUGGUCGUGUAAUCGUCCGUGAUCCUGCCACCAGCAAGGUCGAGUCGAAGCUGGUGAAGCUGGACUGGCCGAUUGCGCGAAUCCCAACCUUGGCUCCUCACUUUGGCGCCCCGGCCAACGGACCAUUCAACCUCGAGACCAACAUGGUCCCGGUGAUUGGUGUGGACAAUUCAGACCUCUUCGAGACAUCAACGGCUACGUCGAGCGAUAUCAAGCCCGGGUCUUUUGCUGCGACACAACCCGAGAAACUUGUCAGAGUCAUCUCCAAGGAGCUCGGUGUUACCGAUUACAGCAACAUCAUCGAUUGGGAGCUCGAGCUCUUCGAUACGCAACCGGCCCGUCUCGGAGGUCUGGACAAGGACAUGAUUUUUGCGGGUCGUAUCGACGACAAACUUUGCUGCUAUGCCGCCCACGAGGCGCUAUUGGCCUCGAGCGAUGAGACCUCCCCCGGGAUUGUCAAGAUGGUCGGCAUGUUUGACGACGAGGAAAUCGGUAGUCUGCUGCGCCAGGGUGCUCGCUCAAACUUUAUGGGAAGCGUCAUGGAGCGCAUCACCGAAGCCUUUGCCGACGGCAAGUACGGACCCAAUCUGGUGUCCCAGACAGCCGCCAACAGCUUCCUGGUAUCCUCCGAUGUCAUCCACGCAGUCAACCCCAACUUCCUUCACGUAUACCUUGAGAAUCACGCUCCUCGGCUGAACGUGGGUGUCACCGUUUCCACCGACUCCAACGGUCACAUGACUACCGACAGUGUCAGCCACAGCAUCCUGAAGAGGGUCGCCGCCCGCUGUGGUUCCACGUUGCAGCUCUUCCAGAUUCGCAACGACUCCCGUAGUGGCGGUACUAUUGGACCCAUGACGAGUGCGCAGAUCGGCAUGCGUGCGAUUGAUUGCGGUAUUCCGCAACUUAGCAUGCACAGUAUUCGUGCUACCACGGGAAGCUUGGAUCCGGGUCUGGGUGUCAAACUCUUCAAAGGUGUGUUUGACCACUUUGAAGAGGUUGACAAGGAGUUUGCCGGUUUCUAG